AUGAUCGCUGGACGUUUACGUGGCAGUUUACGUAACGGCGCAUUGCAGCAGAGUGGUCACAAUGCAAUUUAUUUGAUGAACAGACAAAAAUAUCGAGAUAUUGGUAUUAAUAGAAACGAAAAUAGAAUUUUAUCACGCGAAUUAAAUCGUGUAAGCGUUGAUCGGAAAAAUAAAUUUGGUUGGAAUAAUGUGAAAAAGAUCUCAGACGAUUCUAAAAUGGAUGCGCAAACGGCACUGGUUGAAAAUGAAAAUACUUUCGAUUUUCAUUUACUUCUUAAUAUUGGUGGUUCACAUUUUCGCAUUCGUUACUCAACUAUACAGUAUCGAUGUCCAACAUCGUUAUUAGCUGAAUUUUGCCGUGAAACACAUGCAGCAAGAGUGGAAAGUUGUAACGGUUAUUUAUCUGAUACACGAGAGUAUUUUUUCGAACGUUCUGGAAAAUUAUUUGAACCAAUUUAUGAUUUUUUAACAACCGGACAUUUUCAUCGAACAAGUGAUAUUUGUUGCGAAAGACUCUUCAAAGAACUGGAUUUCUGGAAAAUUAAAAAGGAUUUUUUUGCGCCAUGCUGCAUGAUGAUGAUCAGUGAAUAUGAAAAUGAUGAAUUAGCGAACGGAGACAAAGAUUCUCUUGCUUAUGGUUCGUUUAUUAAAGGUGAUGAAUUUGAUGGAGUUUGCUGGGAUGAUCAAAGGCGUAAAUUGUGGCUUUUAAUGGAAAAUCCCGGUACAGGCACCGCGGCUAAGAUUUUUGCGCUUGUAAGCAUAAUUAUGGUUGUGGUAUCGGUGACUGGUAUGAUCCUCGGUUCAACACCAGAAUGGCAAACUUUCAAUUACAAUAUGAGUGCAACAAGUGCAAAACUUGAUUUUCGACUUCAUUCCACUUUGGAAUCUAUUGAAUUGGUUUGUAUAAUAUGGUUUACACUCGAAUAUUUUGCUCGAUUUAUUGUCUGCGCGCGAAAAAAAAAAUUUAUAUUAGAACCACUGAAUAUCAUUGAUAGUUUGACAAUCAUACCAUUUUACGUGGAAAUUUUACUUUCUACUUGCGGUACUCGUUCGUACUGUCCACCAGAAUGGUUUAAACGAUUAGCAUAUAAGCCGUUAGAAGCAACAGUAUGGUCACUUGGCAUAGUGUUAUAUGUUAUGGUUUCUGGUUGUUUACCAUUUCAGAAUGAAAUACAAAUUUGCUUAGGCAGAUUCAUCAUUCCAAAACACAUUUCAAAAGACUGUGAAAAUUUGUUGCGUCAGUGUCUUGCAGUGACACCAUCCAGACGACCAGAUUUAUUGGAAAUUUUGAAACAUCGAUGGUUGAAUCAACCUAUUGCUGUACAUUCCGAAUCAUUUAAAAUCGCACUUCAACGACAUUUGCAGAGGAAGAAAGAAGUGCGUGAUGAAAAUAAACCACUACAGUCUUAUGACAAUAGCACUUUCAAUUAUGAAUUGUUGAAAAAAUACCGCCAUUAUUCAAGUUAUGAUAAUGUUGUGAUAAAUGAACGAACAAAUAAAAUUACUCGGCAAGAAUGUUAUGAAAUUGAUAAUAAUAUAUUGAUUCAUCCAAAUUCUAUCGCGGAGGAAUCAGAAUGCAGUGAUUCACAAUUUUGCUCAGAUUUUGAAUCAUUCUCGAUGAUCAGUACCGAUCCACAAAAUUCCGAAUCAUACGUUACUGCUUUGGAGGAUGAAAAAGAGUGUUUUUUUCAACGAUCGCAAGAAUCAACUGCAAUUGAAACUUUCAACAAUAACUCGCGUACUCAAACGCCAUCAUUUUGUGAUAAUAAUAGUAAUUAUGGAAAUGAAGAAUUGGUACAAGUAAAUUGCCCAAAUAGGUCUAUAGAAAGUAUCCAUUCACAAAAAGCGAUGAAUUCAAGGCUUGUCGCAAAGCAUUGGCUUCAAAAUAUAGCACCAACAUCUAAAUAUGGAUCUCUAAAAUUGCAAAGGCCUUUAAUUUAUCCGGAAAAAGAUGACUCACAAAAGGAAGCAAUUGUUAAUAGGAAUUUAUUAAAAAUAUUUGAUACUGAAUUACGGUGA